CUGAAUAUGUACUAUAUGACAGUAACCAAUCAUAUUUAUCCAAGUCCAUCACCUGACCUACCUAUGUUUUCGCAAAUGGAAUAUACCGUAUUCUUAUUGGUUUUCAAGCCUUAUCACUCAAGUACUGUAGGCGUUUCUGCUUUCUGAUUGGUUUAUCUAAAAUUGGCCUUCUAAUCUAAUCCGAUAAAUAACAAUACGUCAUUUGACCGAACGCAUAGAUCUAACACCUUAUGAUUGCUUCGUGGUUCGUUUCUUUGUUGUUGGUUUGCCUUGUACAUUCUGAACCAUAUAGGGAUUGUGGAUCUAAAGUUGGAAAAUUACAUUCACUAACUGUAACACCAUGUGACAGGUUACCAUGUGCGUUAUAUAAAGGUCGAAACGCCACUAUUACAAUUGAAUUCAGUACCCAAGAGACUGUAAAAGAUGGUCAUAUAUCUGUACAUGGAGUGAUUGCACAUGUACCAGUACCAUUUCCACUUGACAACUCACAAUUAUGCAAUUUUGUCAGCCCAGUGUGUCCUUUAAUUCCAUCCAUAGAGAACUAUACACACACAUAUUCUUUGUAUGUUAGCACAUCAUAUCCAUCGAUAUCUUUAACCAUCAGAUGGGAAUUACAAGAUAGUUCAAGUGAAGAUAUCGUUUGCGUUGAAUUUCCUGUUCAACUUAUAUAAAGUACAAUAUAUAAUGUAAUUCAUUCAUUAGUUUAGUUAGUGUAUAACAAACCAUUUAUCUUAUUUUGCAAUAAAUUAUGACAAUGAAAAAAGAGGGACAAUCAUAAACUUUUGAAGACUUAUUUUUUCAUUUUUUUAUCUAUCAGGACAAUUCCUUGUUUGUGUAUUUUUAAUAAAAAAAAGGACAGACAAUAAUAAUUAUUUCUUACUGGUUUC